CAAACAUGUAGACGCAUCCAAAGUGCCAAAAGCGAGGGAAAAGGAAGAGAAUUGGCAUUUUAUGAUCUGUUUUUACUAAAAUUUUGAAAAUGUUUAUGUUAAAGUCCUUGGGGAAGUACAUAUGGGGAAAUUCCACAUCAAGUGAAAUUAUGCAAAUUCCAUAUGGUCAAUUGUAUUCUGUUCAUAAUGAUUUUCGAGAGUGCAUGUUUAAGGAUGCAAGUGCUUCCAUUCGAAGGACGACCGCGGAAUUCCAGUAUCAAUUGGUAAUUCAAAGAGCGUAUGAAGAAGGAGAAGAAAUUUUGGAGGGCGAUGGAUCCGAUGAGGUUGAGGAUGAACAAGCAUUUCUACUGGAUGAACGAUUGAAUCUACGAUUUGAGGUGAAGAAGGACGGUAUUACAAUGAUGUGGGAUAAUCCAGAAUUUCAAGAUGGAACUUUAUAUGAAUUUACUUGUGAAGAUGGGUUACAAGAAGGUGUGGCCUAUACAUUUGAAAUGGUUGCAUUGCAAUGCAUGUAUGAACGAAAGUACCGCCAGCCUCACAGCAAAGCUACGCUUGCAGAUUUAGAACAAUUUAGUAUGCCUAUCAAUCGUCUUCACUCGUCUACUGAUAGUCUGGAGAAUAUAGUUACCAAACUCGAUUUGAAAUCCGAAGACUUGGCUCGUCAUAAGUCUUAUAACCUUAACCAAGAUGAAUUGGAUGAAAUAGCUGCACAAGAUUUCAUAACUUCAAAUCCACAACCAUCUCAAGUGAAACCCUCCCGCGAAAUCACUGAAACGAAGCAAAAAGCCCCAAAAGUGGUUGAUUUGGAAAAAGAAAUUAUGAAAGAAGGACGAACAGAUUUGGGAGCGGAAGAGGAAGAUGGUGAAGAGGAAACAGAGGAUUCGUUUGAAGGGGAAUUAAUGGGGUUUGUUCAUGCUGAGCUUUAUUUAUUUGAUUCUUUGGAGGAAAUCUUCGUUUUACAAACUAAAGAUGUGGAAGCUUGUGUUUAUGACCUUGGAAAUUGGGACUAUUGGUUUACGCUCACGUCGAAAGAGCGAAAAUGGAUGAAUCAAUCGGUAGGUUCAAGUAUGAAUCCGGUUUUUUCUUUUGAACAUCUUUCCUUUAUUUGGAACUACUAUGAUGAAAUUGGAACUGCAUUCUCAUGGUUAUUGCGCUUUCCAAAUCAGGAAGAAAUGGAUAAAUUUCAGGAAAUCCUAAUGCGAGCUUUGUGGGAAAACUUGAACCAACAAAAGUGGCUCAAAAUUAAGGAUGAUGAACGGGAAUAUGUUCGUGAUGCAUUUUACGAGGAUGAUGAAAUGCCUGAUGCAGAUUCCGAGGAAGACGAAGAUGCAGUGUUGCGUCAAUUGCGACAAGAAGAUUCGGAAGAGGAGAAUGAAAGCCAAGUUCGUGAUUCUUUUACAGAGCUUAGUGAAAGUGAAGAUAGCGAGAUUGAUGAGUCAAGGUGGAGGAAAGAGACAAAGGACGAGAAGAAUAGUAUCCUGGCGGUAGGAUAUAAAAAUGAUCGUUCUUACGUGGCACGAAAUAACAGAAUUGGGGUAUUUAAGCACGUCGAUAAUAACCUAAAGUUUGACACGUCGAUUGAUAACUUGAAGAAACCGAACGGUAAGCCUUUACAACCUAGCAAGAUUUUGUUGCAGAACCAAGACUCUUCUAUAGUAUUUCAAACGAAAGAUUCCCCUCACCAUCUAUACAAUAUGGAUGUAGAAUAUGGAAAAGUGGUAGAAGAAUGGAAAAUCCAUGACGAUGUACCUUUGGUGGCCGUGGCUCCUGAUAACAAAUUUGCACAGAUGACUGCAGAAAAGACGUUGGUGGGCUUGUCAAACAAUUCCAUUUUCCGUAUUGAUCCUCGAGUAAACGGAAACAAGUUGGUUGCCGAGGAGUUUAAACAGUAUGCUACACGCAAUCACUUUCACACAGCUGCUACCACUGAGAAAGGUUACAUUGCGGUUGCAAGCGAUAAGGGCGAUAUCCGAUUAUUUGAUAGACUUGGUAUUAAUGCGAAAACAGCUUUACCUGCUUUGGGAGAGCCCAUUAUUGGUAUUGAUGUAACAGCGGAUGGAAAUUGGGUUCUUGCAACUUGCAAAACAUAUUUGCUGUUGAUCGACGCUCGAAUCAAAGAUGGACGCUAUGCAGGCAAAUUGGGAUUUGAACGUAGCUUUGGUAAAGACAGCAAACCAAAGCCAAAACGUCUUCAGUUAAGUCCUCAACAUGUGGCCAUGAUGCAAGGCGAGUUAAAAGACGGAGUGUCGUUUACGACAGCAAAGUUCAACACGGGUAUUGAUGCUAAAGAAACUACAAUCAUAUCAAGUGUUGGUCCAUAUUUAAUAAGCUGGAACAUGGACCUUGUCAAGCGUGGCAAGACGGACAAAUACAAGCUUCGACGCUACCAAGCCAACAUUCAAGCGGAAGAUUUUCGGUUUGGCACAGACAAAAACAUGAUUGUAGCUUUGCCGGACGAUGUCACUAUGAUUGACAAGUCUUCUUUACGUCGACCUACCCGAGCAUCUAUCUGUACCCCAGCAGCAUCCAAAGCACCUUCCCGCAGUGAUAUCGUGAAUGAGCCAUACUAAAAAGAUUACAAAACGAUGAAGGAUAAUACGUCGUUUUUUUUUUUACGAAGUAUUAAUUGUCUUGAGGUUUUGGUGUUUUCUACAUAAGAAUUCCCAAUUCAAUAAUAAGGAAGAAUCGAGAUGAAAAAAAAAGCGGGUAUUUGGAUUGAUAAAGGCGUGCUUAGCUUUUUUUUGCCAUAGACAAGACAACCAAGAGAUAUAAAUAGAUAUAUAU